UCCAGGAGAUGAGUACGAAGAAGAUGGAUUCUGUCAGCCAUACAGAGGGAUUGCGUGUGCAAGAUUUAUUGGCAACCGCACUGUCUAUAUGGAGUCUCUGCAUAUGCAAGGGGAAAUAGAAAAUCAGAUCACAGCUGCCUUCACCAUGAUCGGCACCUCCAGUCACUUGUCAGAUAAGUGUUCUCAGUUCGCCAUUCCUUCCCUGUGCCACUACGCCUUCCCAUACUGUGAUGAAACCUCAUCUGUCCCAAAGCCCAGGGACUUGUGUCGCGAUGAAUGUGAAAUCCUGGAAAAUGUCCUGUGUCAAACAGAAUACAUUUUUGCGAGAUCAAAUCCCAUGAUUCUGAUGAGGCUGAAACUGCCAAACUGUGAAGAUCUCCCCCAGCCAGAGAGCCCCGAAGCUGCAAAUUGUAUCCGGAUUGGAAUUCCCAUGGCGGAUCCUAUAAAUAAAAAUCACAAGUGCUAUAACAGCACAGGUGUGGACUACCGGGGAACCGUCAGUGUGACCAAGUCAGGGCGCCAGUGCCAGCCGUGGAAUUCCCAGUACCCACACACACACACCUUCACCGCCCUCCGCUUUCCAGAGCUGAACGGAGGGCACUCCUACUGCCGCAACCCAGGGAAUCAGAAGGAAGCUCCCUGGUGCUUCACCUUGGAUGAAAACUAUAAGUCUGACCUGUGCGACAUCCCAGCAUGUGAUUCGAAGGAUUCCAAGGAAAAGAAUAAAAUGGAAAUCCUGUACAUACUGGUGCCUAGCGUUGCCAUCCCCCUGGCCAUUGCUUUGCUCUUCUUCUUCAUCUGUGUCUGUCGCAAUAACCAGAAGUCAUCGUCGCCGCCCGUCCAGAGGCAGCCAAAACACGUCAGAGGUCAAAACGUGGAGAUGUCCAUGUUGAAUGCGUAUAAACCCAAGAGCAAGGCUAAAGAGCUGCCUCUUUCUGCUGUACGUUUUAUGGAAGAAUUGGGUGAAUGUGCCUUUGGAAAGAUCUAUAAGGGCCACCUCUAUCUCCCAGGCAUGGACCAUGCUCAGUUAGUUGCUAUAAAGACCUUGAAAGAUUAUAACAACCCCCAGCAAUGGACGGAAUUUCAACAGGAAGCCUCCCUGAUGGCCGAACUACACCACCCCAAUAUUGUCUGCCUUCUAGGGGCUGUCACUCAGGAACAACCUGUGUGUAUGCUUUUUGAGUAUAUGAAUCAGGGGGAUCUCCACGAGUUCCUCAUCAUGCGGUCCCCACAUUCAGAUGUUGGCUGUAGCAGUGAUGAAGAUGGGACUGUCAAAUCCAGCCUGGAUCAUGGAGAUUUUCUACACAUUGCCAUUCAGAUUGCAGCCGGCAUGGAAUACCUGUCUAGUCACUUCUUUGUCCAUAAGGACCUUGCAGCUCGCAAUAUUUUAAUCGGAGAGCAACUUCAUGUAAAGAUUUCAGACCUCGGGCUUUCCAGAGACAUAUACUCCGCUGAUUACUACAGGGUGCAGAGUAAGUCUUUGCUGCCCAUUCGCUGGAUGCCCCCUGAAGCCAUCAUGUAUGGCAAAUUCUCUUCUGAUUCAGAUAUCUGGUCUUUUGGGGUUGUCUUGUGGGAGAUAUUCAGUUUUGGACUCCAGCCAUAUUAUGGAUUUAGUAACCAGGAAGUGAUCGAAAUGGUGAGAAAACGACAGCUGUUACCAUGCUCCGAAGACUGCCCCCCCAGAAUGUACAGCCUCAUGACAGAGUGUUGGAAUGAGAUUCCUUCCAGGAGACCAAGAUUUAAAGAUAUUCACGUCCGGCUUCGGUCCUGGGAGGGACUCUCAAGUCAUACCAGCUCUACUACUCCUUCCGGCGGAAAUGCCACCACGCAGACAACCUCCCUUAGUGCCAGCCCAGUGAGUAAUCUCAGUAACCCCAGAUAUCCCAAUUACAUGUUCCCGAGCCAGGGUAUUACACCACAGGGCCAGAUUGCUGGUUUCAUCAGCCCACCAAUACCUCAGAACCAGCGAUUCAUCCCCAUCAAUGGAUACCCAAUACCUCCUGGAUAUGCAGCGUUUCCAGCUGCCCACUAUCAGCCAACAGGUCCUCCCAGAGUGAUUCAGCACUGCCCACCUCCCAAGAGUCGGUCCCCGAGCAGUGCCAGCGGGUCGACUAGUACUGGUCAUGUGACCAGCCUACCUUCAUCAGGAUCGAAUCAGGAAGCAAAUAUUCCCUUACUACCACACAUGUCGAUUCCGAAUCAUCCCGGUGGAAUGGGUAUCACCGUUUUUGGCAACAAGUCUCAAAAACCCUACAAAAUAGACUCAAAGCAACCAUCUUUGCUAGGAGACUCCAACAUUCAUGGACACACCGAAUCUAUGAUUUCUGCAGAACUGUAAAAUGCACAACUUUUGUAAAUGUGGUAUACAGGAAAAACUAGAAAGUCGUAGAAAAGAUUUAUAUUCAAAUGUUUUUAUUAAAGUAAGGUUCUCAUUUAGCAGACAUUGCAACAAGUAUCUUCUGUGAAGUUUAACUGUGUCUUACCAACCAGGGCAAACACCAGCCAG